UUAUGGAGGUUAAAAUUAUUGAACUUUUCAAUUUCUAUGACUAAAUAGCUAACGAAGUAUAUAGACCAUCAAAUUCUUAAUAAUGUGAGUGACCACAGCUAUGUUUUCUACAAUAAAACUGAUACUUAGAAAUUCGUUAGUCCACAACCUAACUAAAUUUCGAUUUACCUAAAUAAUCAUCGAAUAGCGGCUCAACCGUUAAUCAUGCGCAAUAAAUAAUAGCGUACAACUGAACAGGUUCCGCAUCUUCAAUGCCUUCUGGAAAAGCAGUGGCCACCAGCGACAGCUAAAUUGCAGUAACAGUUAUAAGCUUUAUGCGCGUAAAAGUAAAAAAGGUCUACAAUAUUUAAGAAACACAACUUGGCUAUUACUAUUACACUAUUAAAAUGUGCCCAACAAACAAUCAUUCUUGUAUGUGUUCGUAGUUUUAUUUCAUUAACCUCAUCUUAAGGCAAGCUAAAUAAAAAUAUUACAAAGAGAGCGCUAAAGAGAAGUAGCAAAAGAGCAGGUGCUCCGUUUGUGAAACUCUAGUAGGAGAGGGUGGAGAAAGCUCAGUUUAUCGGAUUUAAAAUGCGUCAAUAGCUAAUGUGAUUUAUUUAAUUGAUUGGCAAUAACAUUAGCAAAAAAAGUAUUCCCUCGCUUCGGUUUAUCUUCUUAUUGUUUUCAAAUACUCUACCCAGCUACACCUGUGUUCUUAUUAUCCCUUUUAAAUUUUUAGUUUUUAACGUUUUUUAGACGCUGUCGCUGUAUAAAAUUCAAGUAAUCGGUACUUCUAUGAAUCGACUGUGAUCACUAUUUAACCGCUUAGCACCAAUAUGCAUGAGUAUCAGCUACUUUACGGUGUAACAAAUUGUUGACCAAUUAUCAGUGACAGUCGUACUCAUUGACUGAAAAGACAACAACACUGAUCGAAUGUUUUGCAUUAAACGCACCAUUGAGCGAAGAUAUAUGGACAGAGAAAUCGCAAAGGGCAACAAACUGUAGGCAGCAAAUACGCUGGCACAUACAGUAGACAGCUAAGGCUCGCGCUGUUACGCCGCUAUUGUCUUUACCAACUUUCUUGCUUCCGUUGCGACUAUAUUUAUAAUAGACUACCAUACCAUCUGCGGAACGGUAAUUCAGUUUGAUGAGCAAUCGGUAUUGCUUGAAUAUAACAUAUCGAAGGUUUGAAGUCUGACAAAAAAAAAAACAUGACAAGACGCGUGCCCUUUAUUUUUGACUCAUAACAGGGCAUGCAGUUUCUGGGAUAAAGCUUUUCAGAGAAUUUUUUACUGUACUUCUUUUAUGAUAUCAUAUACUUUAACAGAGAGCUCUAAAUUAGUAAUUGGUUGUUUUAGAGAAUUGUUAUUGGCUGCUUUUUGAGUAUUUCCAUGUUUCUUGAGUCGGGGCUACCUAUGGUCGCACUAAAAUUCGUGACCCACUUUUCAGAUUUUCUCUCAUUGCUGUUCAUCGAUUAUCGCUUUUUUUAUUUUGCUUCUAUGUAUUUGCAUUCGGUUUCAAAUUUUAAAACCAUAAAACAGAUAUUUCAUUUGUAUAUACUAAAAUGCAUAAAGAGUUCAAUUCCCCCGGUGCCUGGCAUGUUUGCAUUACUCUUAAUAAUGCUAAUCAUCUCUUUUUAUGCUGUUUAUCAUGCAUUUUUUAGCAGGUGCAAAUAAUUUCAAUUAUAUUUGAGAAACUACAAGCGUAUUUCAUGCGGCCACGCAGCAGUUAACAACUAAUAUUGGCUUCGCGAAAAAAUGUAUUGAUCUUACUUUGCCCCGUCACCGUCGCGUGUUGAACUAAGCGUUAAUAGCUGAUGUGCACUCAAGUGUUACUGAUAAAAACGAUUAGCAACUUAUGCCAAUGUCUAAUUUCAAACAAGCAGAAUGCACCAAUGGCAAUAACAUUCAAUUCGGAUGUUUCAUUAAGAUUUGCGUUUUAUGUUUGUAUAUUUUUCAUAAAAUAUUUGUGUACCUAUGUACAUAAAUAUAUACGUUUUGUUUUAUUUUUGCAUUAUAUGAAUAGUUGGCAUAAACGCUAAGCAAUGCACGAAGGUCUACGGGCAUGCAACAAAUGAAACUGACUGCAAAAUGAAUUAAUUCACUUUCUUUGCGCACGCGCCUUUUCUAAACGGUUAUUUGACGUUAAGUUGGGACAUUGCCCCGCAAUGUAACUUCCCAACUUUAAAUUCCUCAAGUAAGCUCACUAUGAAUUAAAUACUAAAGUAGAUAAACUUAAUGGAAUAUAUGUGGAAAAACUUCAUAUUUGAAAACUACAAAUUUCCUUCUGAACAUGUCCAUAUAAUUAACUCUUCAGUACAUACUUGGUAGAUUCUUGCCUUGAGCUUUUGUCAAGCCUUAAAACCCACCUAUGCAGUAAAUAAUUAACAAUAUUCGGCAAAUGCAGACAAAAUACGCCUUCGCCGCUCCCACUUUUAUUACGAAGUUUUAAGUUAUGUUUGUAUUACUAUCAUAAAACUAGCUGCUCUUUGGAAUUUAAUAUAAUUUUUGCUAUAUAAAGUGUACUUAAGUUAAUAUUAGUGCCAUUUCUUGAUUCACACAAUAAUUUAAUAAUAUUAGUAAAUAUUUACUUCAAAACCAUAUUUCAUUUUCUGAUCUAUUCUUUGCCAACACCAAGUGCUGAUAUUUUUGCUUUGGAAUGCGGUCGAACAACAAUGUUAAACGGUGAUGUUCAACGGUGGCGCUCCCAGUUGAAGCAAAACCAACUCUCUGCGUCGCCCGAAAAUAUCCUCUCUUCAAACACACCACUUGUAUCAUUGUAUUGUGUCAAGUGGUUUACAUAGCUGCUGUUCAAAGAGCAUUUAGCACUCAAAUUUCAGCUGCCCAUAAAAACAAGUUCUGCACCGAUUCCGGCUUUACUCUGUCCGAUGAUCGGUAUGCAUACGGUUAGACUACGUCAACUCAAAAAUCUACCAGUUUGCAUUCUUAAUAUACGAGUGAAGGCAUUUGACAAACAUUUUUCGGUGUUUUGUUAUCUAAGCACGAUUUAACGCAGUGAAAUGUGUAAAACCUACUUCCACAAUUAACUGGAACCCAAACAGAAAUGCUUAUGUUAGUGAAUAAUUAACAUUAAAAAGUAAAUUUCUACUGAAUACCUAAAAGACGACUUGUACUUUUACUCAGGGGCUAACGCAGAUAUUUGGGGCAAAUGGAUUGGGUGGAAGGUGAUUUGGUGUGGUUUGACCCCGGUGUGGGGCAUCCCAUACCAGGCGAAAUACAAGAGGUGCAUCGUGCUGCUCAAGUAAUUGUUGUGCAGGCGCUCAUCAAAGGAAAGGCCCAGACAUUUGCGCUGCAACCAGGCGAGGGAAAUUUACGACCGCGACAAGAUCUUGGAAGUAGUGGUGUAGAUGAUAUGACAAUGCUGGAGGAUCUACACGAAGCUUCAUUGCUAUGGAACUUACGUCUGCGCUAUGAUAAAGGUCUCAUUUAUACCUUCGCUGGAAGCAUUUUAAUUGCUGUUAAUCCAUAUAAAAUGUUUCCCGAUUCUUAUGGACUGGAGGUAGCUAAGAAAUACGCUGGAAAACCUUUGGGCACAAUGCCACCACACUUGUUUGCCAUAGGCGCAGCUGCACAUGCCGCAUUACCAUCACCACAGGUAGUAGUUAUAUCUGGAGAAUCUGGUUCAGGAAAGACAGAGUCAACUAAAUUAGUAAUGCAAUAUUUGGCUGCUGUAGUACCGGGUGGUGGUUCGGCAUCAGCCGUCAUUGCUGAACAGAUACUUGAGGCAGCUCCGCUGCUGGAGGCGUUUGGUAAUGCUCGUACAGCCCGCAAUGAUAACAGUUCCCGAUUUGGAAAAUACCUUGAGGUUUACUUUAAAAAUGGAGCAAUUGUUGGUGCAAAAAUUACGCAAUAUCUAUUGGAAAAGUCGCGUAUUGUGACACAGGCGCCUGGAGAGAGAAAUUAUCACGUUUUCUAUGAGAUGCUUGGUGGAUUGUCGGAGACUGAGCGGACAAAAUAUGGUCUGCUUGAAGCUGAUAAAUAUUUUUACUUAAAUCAAGGUGCUACAGACUGCGCACCCGGACGAGUGGAUUGGGACUCACUUCAAAGCGCCAUGCAAGUCUUGGGCGUGUCAGAAGGUGAACGCGAGGGGAUUAUACGAGUAUUGGCUUCGGUGCUACACUUGGGAAAUGUGUAUUUUCACCGUCGCCAACUACGCCACGGUCAAGAAGGUGUUGAAGUUGGAUCUGAUGCUGAAAUCAAAUGGGCGGCACAUUUGUUGCAUAUAUCUGCCGAUGGACUUCACAGAGCACUUACUAGUCGAAUAACCGAGGCGCGAUCGGAACGUUUGCACACUCCCCUUGGUAUUGAUCAGGCGCUAGAUUCUCGAGACGCCUUUGCUAAAGCAUUAUAUGCUGGGCUUUUUAAUUGGUUGGUAUCGCGUAUAAACUCUAUAGUACAGAAAGGUGGUACCCAUGACGCUCAUCGCAUAUCAAUUUUGGAUAUAUUUGGCUUCGAAGAUCUUGUGGAGAAUUCAUUUGAACAGUUAUGUAUAAAUUAUGCGAAUGAAAAUCUUCAAUUAUAUUUCAAUAAACAUGUUUUUAAACUGGAACAAGCUGAAUAUUCUCGCGAACGACUUGAGUGGACACCACUUACUUGGGACGACAAUUUACCAGUCAUUCAUUUGCUGGCUAAAAAACCGGUUGGAAUAUUUCACUUGCUAGACGACGAAUCCAAUUUUCCUCGUGCAACAGAUAUGAGUUUCUUAGAAAAGUGUCACUAUAACCAUGCCCUUAAUGAAUUAUAUUCUCGACCACGAAUAGGUGCUCAAGAAUUCGGUAUAACACAUUACGCAGGCCAAGUAUGGUAUUGCGUUGACGGAUUUCUAGAUAAAAACCGAGAUGCUUUGCGAAGUGAUGUUUUGGAACUGUUGGGAUCGAGCAAAUUGCAGUUAGUGGUUGAAUUAACGAAGCAAUUGCGAGCUCAACGUGACUCCGGCAAAACUCUUCCAAAGGGAAGUAAUGGUCGAUUUGUAACAAUGAAACCACGUACACCCACAGUUGCGGCUAGAUUCUCCGACUCACUGCAGCAGCUUCUUCAAUCAAUGGGACGUUGCAAUCCUUGGUUCGUGCGCUGCAUCAAACCGAAUAACGAAAAACAUGCAUUAAAGAUGGACAUGCCCUGUGUUCUACAACAAUUACGUUAUUUAGGUAUGCUUGAUACUAUUCAAAUUAGGCAAAAGGGUUAUCCAGUUCGUUUGAAAUUUCAACACUUUGUUGAAAGGUAUCGCCAUCUUCUACGCACGCCACUUCCUCGUGGUACACCAUAUCGUGAGUUGUGUCGCAUUUUACUGGAGUCUCUUCCACGUACCGGUAUAGAAGGACCCGAUUUCCAACUAGGUGCAACCCGUGUAUUUCUACGAGAAGCCCUUCAUCGACUGUUAGAAAGUGGCCGUUCAGAUCGCCUCAAGUCAGCAGCAGUUACUAUACAAAAGAAUGUUCGCGGCAUGUUAGUACGGCGUCAUAUGUUCCGCAAAAAGAAAGCUGCUAUAAAGAUUCAAUCAACUUGGCGUGGACAUCGUGAAUCGAACAAAUAUUCACAGCUUAAGAAGAGUGUAAUUCAGGCCCAGUCCUUAUGGCGAGGCAAGAUGGAUCGGAAGAGAGUUGCUAAACUUAAGGCUGAUUAUAAACGACGAUUGGAAAUGCAAAAAGCACAGAAAGAACGAGAAGCCAAAAAACUGGCCAGGGAGCAUAUAGAGCGAAGCCAAGUAGCUUAUUUGGACAUACCAGCGGAACUAGCUUUUAUUUAUUCAAAGAUAGACGGUUGGACUCCUGUGCAUGGCGAUCGCCAUCUUGUUAAAGUAGUUGGCACCGUACCAGGGCCACCUGUAGCAGGAGAUUUGCCAAAGGAUCUGGAUCAAUUCUCUUUUGGUAAAUUCAGCUCCGUAUAUUGCAAUGGUAUGCGUUUAUCGCCACGACGAGAACCGAUUGCAACACCGUUUCUCACAAGAGCUGCUUCGCGAGACCAAGAUUUUCAAGAUUCUUUGGCGGUAUUCAAAUUAAUCCUUCGAUGGACAAAUGAUAAAAAUUUAGAUGGAAAUAAAGAAAAAGUUCUCUCAGAUUAUAUUGUACACAAAGGAUUAUCCUCUCGCGGGUUACGAGAUGAGAUAUUGGUUCAGCUAUGUAAUCAAGUUUAUAAUGCAGAGGAGUCCAACUCCCAACGUAUAUGGCAAUUGAUGGCGCACUGUUUAUCAUGUUUUCAACCUGGUCCUGCAUUUAGUAAAUAUUUGAUGAAAUUCAUAAUGGACAAUGCACCAUCAUCAAUGAAGGAACUCCUUUUGAAAAAAAUUUUACGCAAUUCAAAUAAUACGCAUGCAAAUGCUUGUCGAAAUUUUGUAUCAUCAUGGGUUGAAUGGCGAGCUAUCUCAAAAAUGUCGGAUAUCGCGGUAUCUUUGACGAUGCCAGACGAUACUUCUCAAACUGUUGCAAUUGAUUCAUGGACCACUUGUGAAGAAGCAGCCUCACUGGCUAUAUCUACUCUCGGGAUAUCAAAUCGAGGCUGGACAGUCGUCUUAGAUGAUGGAAAGUUGAUCACUGAUUCAUGUGGCUUGGAUUACGUUUUAGAUUUAAUAUCAGAAAAAGAAUUAUGUCCAGCUUUCCCUGCUGUUCGAAGUGAUCUUUUUAAAACUGGUGCUAAGUUUGUGCGAACAAAUAUGCCUGAAUCCGAGUCAAAUAGCCCUAAGAGGCCGCAAAUUCCACCUCCAGAACCUCCAAAAGCUAAACAGAGUACAUCGAAAGAAUCCCCUAUCGCCGAGCCUAAAAUAGAGCAGCCAGUUAGGAAAACAUCAAGAGAUUUGCUGUCACGAAGUUCCGUACUUAAUGAAAGAUAUUUUGAACAAGAAAAAAAUAGAUCAAAAUCAUUAGAUGACCUACUAGUCGGAGAUGUUGCUGAUCUUGACCCAACUCCUGAACCUGAACCUUUAACAAAUCUAGGUCUAUCUGAAAGUCGACUAAAUGAUAGGUAUCACUCUGCAGAACGUUUGACGCCUAUGGGAAAAGAAACUGGCCCUCGCUAUCAAAAAUCGCAACAUGCUGGUCGUCGAUCGCAUGCUGGUUCUCACUCCAGCAAAUACAUGGAAAAAUCCGAGUAUGCAACUCGUUCGUCAGCAAUGUCAGACACAAGUGAAGCGCCAUCGUUGGCUUCGCACGUUCGUCGCGUACGUGUGCCAUCCCAAGCUUCGGAUGUCGAUCAAUUUCUUGAUGAUUUAUUUAGUCCUGUACUAGAUGGAUCUUUGGAUGAAUUAUCAGAUGCAAGAUCAUUAGCAGCAAGCAUACGAGGAGGCGGAGAGAAACAGUUAGAGAAUCAUAAAAACUCGACUGAUAUUUACGAAUUUUUAGAAGCUCCAAACACUCUUCAAACGUCUGAAGACUUUUUUACAAAUGUGGAUGCCCUCUGCGAAAAAAUUAAAGGCGGUGGCGAUAAAAAGGAUGGUAAUGACGAAUCAUCAACUGAUAAUUUAGAUGAGUACAUAACGGGUCUCUUUAAGCCGAUAUUUAUCAAUGAAGCAGUUAACACACUAACAAAGCAAGCUGAACUAAUAGAGAUCAUUAAAGGGGGUGGUACCACACACACACAAUCCACAUCUAAUGCUAGUUUCGUCACUUCACCGGUGGUUAGCCCAAUAAGCCCUAUGAUUGCAAAUGCGGAUAAUAUUAUGCAAAUGAUUAAUAUUCCUCCUGAUACGGAUCCUAAUUUAUAUCAACAACAAGUUCAACGCGCGUUUCUGCAAUCUGCAAUGGCCCAAAACUUGCAAAUUCAACAGCAGUUAUUAGCACAAAAUCAAGCUUUGCAAACAUUACUCAGCCAGCAGGAUACACCUACGGGUACAACAUCUCCGCCCUUAGUACCCGUGCUAACAACAGUGCAGCAAACCAGUCUUUCAACAAACAAUGUACUGACUAACGUAAACUCUUCACCACCAGUAAUUCAAAAUAAUGUUCGAAAACAAAGUGUUAAAAAUAGAAUUUCUCAAUUUUCUGAGAACGACCGAAAUAGAAAAGCCUCCUCAGAAAGUGUUGGAUCUCUAAUACCACCUCCACCGCCUCCGCCUAUGCCCCCACCUAUAGAAGCUAAAGACCCAUCAGAAACACGACAUUUUCUUGAUCCCUAUGGUCGAGCGAAGACAGUAAGAAUAGGAAAGUGGCGUUGGCCACCACCACAGGAUGCCCCUCAGUUUGAAACUGAGGAAGACUUUUUUGCUUUCAAAAUGCGACAGUCUCAAAGAAAGACUACACCCCAAUCACAGUUUCACAGCAGUAACGGUUCAUUGACUGGCUCAGCCAUGGAAUGGGAGGAAUUUGAAAUCGAUACAUCUAAUAGCCCAUCCCCUGUUUCUAAUAUGCCACAAAUGCAUGCUCAAAUGGUGCGAACAACUCUUAAGAUCGAAACAACCGGAAAUAAAAUUUCUAACCAGCAGGUUAUUGAACAGCAACAACAGCAAACAUUAGUAACGACGAAAGUUGCUAAAAAGAGCUUCGAAAUCGGUGCUGAAAGGCCUCCACCUGGAAGUGUUGGGAAACUAAAAUUAAGUUCUGAAAUGCGUCAGAGAUUGGAACAAGUAACUGCUGGUCAUUCUGUCCGUUCAACGGUUAGUACCAAAUCAGAGCAGAGAACCCCAGCUAAACUUGAAGAUACAAGAAAACUGAUGUUACAGCAACAACUAAGUGGACAUUUUCGGAAUAUGGAAAGCAAACAUGAUAAAGACUUGCCCUCAGUGCGUUCACAAAUUGAGCGUAUGGAGGGGAAGCUUUCUCCCCCACCAAUUUGGCCAACUGGUGUACCUCCAGCUCCAAGCGUUCCGGCUCCACCACCACCUAUACGUCCCCCAUCAAUUGCACCGCCAGCUCCACCCCCUGCGCCAAAAACACCACCAACCCAACUCGGGUUUGAAGAAGAUGACGUUAUUUUCCGUAGUCAAAAUGGUAAAGAUAUUCCAGCAUUUAUACAACGUCAAGAUCGAGACACUUUUGGAGCUCGCCAUAACUGGAAUGGCUCUGAUGAUUCCAAGGAGACAUAUGACUCUUGGGGACGUGCCGAAGCGGCCAAACUAGAUAUGGUGUACGAAACUAGUUUUAAAAAGGAAAUUAAAAGUGAGCGGGAACGAUCCAGAUCACGAUCUCGUUCCCGAGAUCGUGAUGACUUUUCAGAGUCUGUUUGGGAUCGAGCGGAGGUUGAAGGUCCAUCUUCAAGUGGUAGCGAUCGAGAAAAGGAAAAGGAGCGUGAGAAACGAGAACGUAUCUACGAAAUAAGACAAGUUGAACGUGAAAAGGAGAGCAAUAAAGUAUAUCAUCCGGCGCCACCCAAGGUGAUAAUGGCUACUGUCGAACGCGCUGAUAAAUCAUCCAUGGUUUCUCAAAUGGAACGUAAGUUUUCGCAACCUUCUUUGCAAACCAACCAGAAACCAAACAUUACUUCACUCAGCAUGAAUCCCGCCCCAAUCACUGGUCCCGCCACAUUUCGAACACAUAUGGCACAAAAAUAUGAAAAAGAACGUAAGCGAAAAUCGUCUGCAUCCACAGAACUGUCACAAAGUACACGUCGCGAAGAAGAGACUGAUGGUGGCGACGAAUGGCCAUUGCCAGCUAUACCAGCUCCUGUACCAGCCCCUCCUUCCAUUAAAAGCCCAGCCACUGCGUGUUUCACAUAUAACAGGGUGCCAUGGAGACUACGUGUCCGUAAAGAAGUUUUUCAUCCGAAUGAAUCUAUAGGCCCACCUAUUGCAUUGGAUUUACUUUUCUCACAGGUGGUAGCCGACGUUUUUGGAAUCACUCCCUGUUUACGCAUUUCUCCGCAAGAGAAAUCUGUGGCAGUGAGUAUGCUGAACGGGCAUGGCGUAACGGUCGAGACUAUAUAUAGUCAAAAUGUUAGAGCAUUGGUUAAACGUCAUCUGAUCGACAUGGCACGCGGUUGGCCACUGUAUUUUGCUCGUCUAUUUGCAGUACAGGGCGCUCCACAGUAUCCCGAUGUUUCAAUAAUGGGUAUUUCGCACAACGGUAUUUACUUAGCACGCCGCGAUGCAGAAUAUCUGAUUGUUGUACAAGCCAUUUCAUUGAGCGAAAUUCAAAAUGCAAUCACACUGCCGCGACCUGCUUCAUUGCAGUUAAAUUUACGCAGUGGAGAGCAUUUGGCAUUGCAUGCAGCUCGGGCGGCUUCUAUUCAGGCGAUGAUUACCACAUUUGUUCAAGAGUAUCGCAAGAGCCAAUCGAAAGCAUCUACAUUAUCGUCGGGUGCCCGUGCAGCUGCACAAACACUCAAUGUUCCAAUUGAACGUUUGGAAUCGCGCCAAUCCAAUCACCGUGAACAUGGAAACGCGGUCAAUAACCAUAACGAUGUAGCAGCAAUGACCUCUGUAAGUGGCCAUGAAAUUAACAUGGAAAAGUCAGUUGCUAUGCAACAUGGACGACAUAGUGUCGACACAGAGGUCGAUGUUCAUCAGGACGCACACCAUAUAAUGGAUAGCGAGGCUGAAUCAACGGCAAUUACUGCGGACCGUCAUCAGUUCACAAAACAAUCGAGUUACCUGCAUCCUGCGCGUAAAGUCUCGAAUACCCAACAACAACAUACGCAGCAACAUCAACAACUUCAACAUGGUAGCAAUCACGUUUCGAUGUCACAUCAGCUUGAUGCCAAUUAUUUGACAGAGGAACCAAAUGGCAGCAAUGGGCCAUCGCCAUCUGUGACUAAAUAUUCUCUUCUUCAAUUUGCCAUGCAACACUUCCGGAAUGAUCAAUACCCUGAAGGUCGUGUGAAUAAUCGCGAUGCCGUUCGAGAUCAUGCCGAUCGUAGAACACCUUCUUAUGCAGAUUUGGUGAAAUGGCAAGGAACUCCGAUUCGUAUGCCGUUGCUGCGGUUACCCAAUGAUCUGGCACCUUUGGCGCUUGAAUGUUUCGAAUGUAUUUUACGCUAUUGUGGCGAUAUACCGCACGAUCCUGAGCUUACUGAAGUUAAAUGUGUUUACACUGUGCUUAUGCACUGUCACAAGUAUUUGGCGCUGCGGGACGAGGUGUACUGUCAGUUGAUGAAACAAACGACUGCUAAUCGCUCUCCAUGCCCGGAUUCCGCCCAACGCGCAUGGCGUUUACUGAGCAUUUUAGCAGCAUACUUUGGUUGUUCAGAUGCGCUACGCCCUUACUUAAUGGAACACUUGACAUCAGCAGCUUCAGAUCGACGACGUUCUUGUCAUGGUACCGCCGCGGUUUGUCUAGCCAACUUGCGUAAAACAGCACGCUGCGGUGGGCGUAAAAACGUGCCUAGCGUUGAGGAAGUUACUGCUGUGUCUGCUGGACGUUCAGCGCGUCGACAAAUUUAUCGUCUGCCUGGAGGGGCGGAACGCGUAGUAAACACUCGCUGCUCCACUGUGGUCGCUGACGUUAUAGCCGAACUUUGUGCAUUACUGAGUGUGGAGUCGGAAGCUGAACAACAAGAAUUUUCUUUAUACUGCAUUGUUCAAGGUGACGCUUUUACUAUGCCUCUGGCAGCCGAUGAAUAUAUAUUAGACGUUACCACGGAGCUCCUUAAAUCAGGUCAACCAUUCUACUUAAUAUUCUGCCGAUCCGUUUGGCAUUUUCCUUUAAAACGAGAACCAGCACCAACGCCGCUAUACGUAGAAGUACUCUUUAAUCAAGUGGCUCCGGACUACUUAGAGGGUUUGUUAUUAGAACUACCUGGAAACGGUGUACCAAUUCCAGAGAUAGUCCGCGAUAUGGCACGUAUAGCAGCAUUACUUCAUCGUGCUGCUGAUUUAACACAUGUUCCGGCUAUGAAAGAAAUCAAAUUUCUAUUACCCAAACCGGCGCUUGGCGUUCGAGAAAUCCGCCCUGCACAAUGGGUAAGCUUAGUGCAAUCAGCUUGGCCACAAAUUGCUGGAUUAACACCUGGGCAAGUAAAAGCUCAAUUUCUUACGGUACUAUCUGCGUGGCCUCUGUUCGGCAGCAGUUUCUUUGCGGUGAAACGCAUUUGGGCCGAAGAGGGACCCCACGUCGAAGACAGCAACCCAAUGUGGCGUGAUUUGAUAUUGGCCUUAAAUAGACGCGGUGUGCUAUUCCUGGAUCCAAACACGCACGAAACAUUACAGCACUGGCCAUUCAUGGAAGUUAUUUCCACGCGCAAAGUGCGUUCGGAAGACGGUGCACUCUUUUUGGACAUGAAAGUGGGCAAUCUUAUGCAGCAACGCGUUAUACGCGUCCAAACUGAACAAGCGCACGAGAUAUCUCGACUCGUGCGGCAAUAUAUAACAAUGGCGCAAAUUAGCCAAAGGGACAAACGAGAACUGAAUUAAAUUCAAAUUAAGUAGUUUGUUUCGCAGUAAAAUUGAAAUUCUAUACAAUUUCAAUCUUAUACAUCGUUAUUUCUCUAAUAUCUAUAUCUAGUUUUAUAGUAAUAUUUGUAGCUCUUUAAGAUAAUCGGAGGCAAAAUUCUUGAAUGUGAGCAGCUAUACAAGAAUACAAUCUGACCGGCGGCUCGGUGGAUAUUAUACUAACAUACGUAUAUCUGCUAUAAAUAAAGUUUUCAUUUGUUCAAAUUGUUACAGUAUCUAUAAAUUCUUAUGUACAUACAGUACAUUAUAAAUAUAUCUAAUAAUUAGAGAAUGGAAAAAAUAAAUAUACAUUCAUAUAAUC